AUGCGCAAAGCCGCCGCCCAGCGGAAGCGCCACCACCACACCGCCCAGCCUAUGCCCCCGGAAAAUUUGGGUUCUUCGAGCACACAAGUACUUCUUGGCGCCGACACGUUGCAGCAGCUGCCCACCGAGGAGCAGAGAGCCACGCUGAAGCGCAAGCAGGAACAUGAACUAGAAAAAGACCGGUCGGCGAUGACAUUGGCUGUGAAGGCCCCGCCGAAGCCGGUUCACCCGCAAGCCGUCCACUCGACGACCCAACAGGCCACCGCCGCCAAAUUCAUGCCCAAGGCGACUGCCGGCCGGACCAAGCAGAGCACCGAGGGAGAGUAUCAGUUGAUCAAGAACGAGGUGCUCGUCUCGCCGUACCGCAACCAGUAUGAGGUGCUCGAGUUCCUGGGAAAGGGCACUUUUGGUCAGGUAGUGAAAGCGUGGAAGAAGGGCACGAAUGAGAUCGUAGCGAUCAAGAUCCUUAAGAAGCACCCCAGCUAUGCCAGGCAGGGCCAGAUUGAGGUCUCAAUCCUAUCCCGCCUCUCCAGCGAGAAUGCCGAGGAGUACAACUUCGUGCGGGCGUUCGAGUGCUUCCAGCACAAGAGCCACACGUGUCUCGUGUUCGAGAUGCUCGAGCAGAAUCUGUACGACUUCCUCAAGCAGAACAAGUUCCAGCCCCUGCCCCUCAACUCGAUUCGGCCCAUCGUCCAACAGGUCCUGACCGCGUUGAUGAAGCUGAAGCACCUCGGGUUGAUCCAUGCCGACUUGAAGCCGGAGAACAUCAUGUUGGUGGACCCCGGGAAUCAGCCGUUCCGCGUGAAGGUCAUCGACUUCGGGUCGGCGUCGCAUCGGAGCAAGGCGGUGACGAACACCUAUCUGCAGAGUCGUUACUACAGAGCACCUGAAAUCAUCCUCGGACUCCCCUUCAAGGAGGCAAUCGACAUGUGGUCACUGGGUUGCGUGAUUGCUGAGCUUUUCCUCGGUUGGCCCCUGUACCCCGGCUCGAGCGAGUACGACCAGAUACGGUAUAUCGUCCAAACGCAAGGACUCCCACCGAUAGAGAUGCUUGAAGCUGCCGCCAAGGUGCACCGCUUCUUCAAGGAGAUCAAGGUUACCAACGGCGGCCCCGGACAGAACUACUGGCGCCUGAAGACCACCGAGGAGUUCGAGCAGAGCAGCGCUCACACAAAGUCGAAGGAGACAAGGAAGUACAUCUUCAAUUGUCUGGACGAUGUCCCAAGAGCUUACCAACAGCACGCCCUCUACCCGAUCGACAACGACCCGGUGGAAGCGGCUUGCGACCGGAUGGACCGUCAAGAAUUUGUGGACUUGCUGAAAAAGAUGCUUGUCUUAAACCAGGACUAUCGGCUACCACCCUACGAGGGAUUGCAGCACAAUUUUGUGACGAUGUCCCAUCUGUCGAACUACAGUCAGAGCAAGUAUGUCCGCAACGCACUACGCAGCAUGGAAGUGACGGUGCGCAGCCGAGUCCAACAAGCCGCCGCCCAAAACCCGGCCCUCCUUCGAGUUGCGCAAGCUCCUACGGCUCCAGUUGUUGCCCCGCAACCUCAAAUAGCACCGCCUGCUCUCGCCCCUGCUCCGAUCGUCCAAGCCGCUCCCCAGCCCGACCUGACGCACGUGCUCAACCAGUACGGAGCUGCAGUCGCUGCUGCGACAGCUCGCCAACAACAGCAGUACAUCUUCGCGCCCCAGCCGACCGGCCUCGUACCGCAGUUCGUCCCCGUCUCCAUCAUGGACCCGAACCUCCUUGCCGCCCAGGCUCAAGCCGCCUGGCCCACCGGCCAGGGCGUUAUCGGCUGGCCGGCCGCUGCCGCCGCGGCGCUGUUCCCGAACGGCUGCUUCCCGAACGACCUGCUCAGCCAGGCGAACGCCGUCAACCAGGCGGCCGCCCUUGCCGCCCGAGCCGCCGCCGCCGGAAACUCGCAGUUCUCGCAAAUGCUCGCCGCCACCGCGCAAAGCCAACCGAAGGUCUUCCCCAACCUCACCCAGCAGAUCCCCCACCUCGCCCAGGCGACUGGCGUGCCAAAUUUUGAUGAUCCGGCGUGGGCCGCCAGCGUCGGACUGCUGCCCGGAGCGGCCGCCGCGCUCGCGCACGCUCAGCGCGAAGCCGCCGCCGCGUCGACGUCGGGCCAGCAACGCCAAAAGGAAUCCGGAGUGCAUAGCUCCGGUGAGCCGACGCCAAUCCCCCGCCCCACCGCCCGACUCCCCGAUGCCUCGCCCGCCGUCUCCGUCAUCACCCUCAACUCCAACGACGACGACUCUCGCCACGCCCUCUCCCAGGGCGUCUCCGGCAUGCAGCAGCAGAACUUGCAGCAGAAUAUGCAACACGGACUGCAGCACAACCUCCUCCAGCACCACCAGGACCUCGCCACAGCCCUCGCCGCCUUCACCUCAUUUGAACAAGCGAACCAGGCAGCCGCCGUUGCGGCCGCUGUUGCCGGCCGGAAACCAUCGACCAAGUGUGCCGUUGUUCGCCCGAUGAUCGAUGUCAACCGAGAGGGUGACCUCAUCCAGCAGCAACAACAACAGCAGCACCACGCCCAGCAGCAACAGCAAUCCGCCGAGAUGGCGCUCCUAAACGCGGCCCUCUGGCAACAACAACACCAGCAUCAGCAUCAGCACCAC